ACAAAAGGCGAAGUAGUCUGACUAGGGCUAAGUAUCCAGGCAGAGAGGGAGUCGCUUCAUUGUCUCCUGAGUCAGCAAAGAAAUCAAGAUGGCCAAAGUUCCUGACCUCUUUGAAGACCUGAAGAACUGUUACAGUGAAAAUGAAGAAUACAGUUCUGAAAUUGACCAUCUCUCUCUGAAUCAGAAAUCCUUCUAUGAUAUGAGCUGUGACCCACUUCAUGAGGACUGCAUGUCUCUGAGUACCUCUGAAAUCUCAAAGACAUCCCAGCUUACCUUCAAGGAAAAUGUGGUAGUGGUGGCAGCCAAUGGGAAGAUUCUAAAGAAGAGACGGUUGAGUUUAAGUCAAUUCAUCACCGAUGAUGACCUGGAAGACAUUGCCAAUGACACAGAAGAAGUAAUCAUGAAGCCCAGAUCAGUAGCAUACAACUUCCAUAACAAUGAAAAAUACAACUAUAUAAGGAUCAUCAAAUCCCAAUUCAUCCUGAAUGACAACCUCAAUCAAAGUAUAGUUCGACAAACAGGAGGAAAUUACCUCAUGACUGCUGCAUUACAGAAUUUGGAUGAUGCAGUGAAGUUUGACAUGGGAGCUUACACAUCAGAAGAUUCUAAACUUCCUGUGACUCUAAGAAUAUCAAAAACUCGACUCUUUGUGAGUGCCCAAAAUGAAGAUGAACCUGUAUUGCUAAAGGAGAUGCCUGAGACACCCAAAACUAUCAGAGAUGAGACAAACCUUCUUUUCUUUUGGGAGCGUCAUGGCAGUAAGCACUACUUCAAAUCAGUUGCCCAGCCCAAGUUGUUCAUUGCCACACAGGAACGAAAACUGGUGCACAUGGCAAGAGGGCAACCCUCUAUCACUGACUUUCGGUUACUGGAAACCCAGCCUUGACUCUGGAGUCUAUAACUUGUGAUGUGUUGACAGUCCACGUGUACUAUGUACAUGGAGGAGUCCAAUCCUUUACUCAUAGUCACUUGCUGAGAAUGUGCUGAGCCUUUGUAAUUCCAAAUGAAUGUUUACUCUCUUUGUAAGAGAGUGAGCAAGGUCUAA